CACGGCAACAGUGGGAGCGGAUACGAUGGAGGAGGACGGCUGUACCAUCCAUCUGCAGCUCAGUCCCCAUCACUGACCGCCUCCCUCUGGGACCAUCCUGCCAAGUUGGGAACAAAACAAACAGGAGGCAAAUUAUUCUUUCUGUCCUUCACAGGAACACAAGUUCUGGACCUCAACUUCUGCAGGACCACCUUUCACACACACCUCCUAAUUAUUUUCCCUUCUCAAACCUCCUCCCUCUUCAUCUCAAACUGAAGCACGCUGCACUUCUCCUCGCCUCUCGGACUCUGGUUGUUUUUUUGUCAUCGCUGCCUGCACCGACCUUCCGAGCUGAGUGGAUUUACUUUUCUCCUGUGGCAGACCAUGGGGCUGGGGUGGAGGGGUGCAGGAGGGACCUUCCGAAAAAGGACAGAGGAGAGCUGGUACCUUUUGGUGACAUUCCUGCUGUUGUGUGGUUUCUGGAAGGCUCACGCACAGACAGAUGAUGGGAAGUCUGUCUACUUCUGGGAAACAGGUCCAUGGGGAAGAUGCAUGGGCAGCGACUGUGGGCCGGGUGGCAGCCAAAGCCGAGCAGUCUGGUGUGCCCAUGUGGACGGCUGGACGACUCUUCACACCAACUGUGACCAGAGCCAGCGUCCCUCCAACCAGAGGAACUGUUUCCGUGUGUGUGACUGGCACAAGGACCUUUAUGACUGGAAACUCGGUGCCUGGAAUGAGUGUGUGCCAGUAUCGGCAAGGACCUUUGGUGCCCCACGGCAGUUCACAUGCAGUGGAGGCGAAGAGGGCAUUCAGACCCGGGAGGUGAGCUGCAUACUUAAGUCAGACGGAUCUCCAGCAGAAGAUGCCAUCUGUGAGUACUUUGAGCCUAUGCCUCGCCUGGAGCAGGCAUGUUUGAUCCCUUGCCCUCAGGAUUGUGUGGUUUCUGAGUAUUCACCAUGGACAUCCUGCUCUAAAACGUGUGGAACAGGCCUCAGGAACAGAGUACGCAGCAUCCUGGUUCCACCACUUUUUGGAGGUUCUAUUUGUCCCAACCUCACUGAAUUCCAGUCUUGUAAACCAGGACCUUGCAAAGGUCCAGAGGGUCUUUACAGUUUAAGGGUUGGAUCAUGGAGCCCUUGCACUGUCCCGCAGACCCGGACUGCUCGGCAGGUUAAACGCAGGAAAGGUAAAGGCCAAGGGCUAAGGGAGAGAGCAGGAGUCAAAGAUCCUGAAACCAGGGAGCUUAUCCAGAAGAAACGGACCAGGAACCGCCUUAACCGGCAAGAAAGUCCCUUCUGGGACAUCCAGGUGGGCUACCAGACUCGAGAGGUGACCUGCAUACACAGGAAUGGCAGCAAAGUGGGACGCAACUUGUGCACACUUAGAGACCUGCCGCUCACCAUCCAGUCCUGCAUUCUUCCCAAAGCAUGCCAGAUAACAGACUGGGCUGACUGGAGCUCCUGCACCAAGACUUGUGUGGACCCCGAGUCUCCUAAAGGCAAUCGCACUCGGAGAAGACAGGUGCUCCAGUUUAACGUGGGGGAGGGGACGGAGUGCCCGCCGCUGGAGGAGACAGAGUCCUGCGAACCCCAGGGCGAUAGUGUACCACCCUGCGCCACUUUUACCUGGAGGACCACCGAGUGGAGCGACUGCCGGGUUGACUUGUUGCUCAGCCAACAAGACCGUCGACGUAGCAACAUGACGGGCCUUUGUGGUGGAGGUCUGCAGACAAGGGAGGUUUACUGCAUUCAGGCCAAUGCUGAGCUCCUAAAAUACCUCAACGACCUAAAGGAAAAAGACAAAGCAGGUCAGAACCAAAGACAGCAGAAGCCUAGUGUCCCCCCUCUCCUCUCCAUCACCUUCCAGAUUACAGCGUCCCGCCCUGUGGAAAACAAGCUGUGUGAAGGUCCGAUCCCAAACAAAUCCCAGCUGUGCCAAAUCCAGUGUCCCAUCGACUGUGAGGUGUCGCCGUGGGGCGCCUGGGGGCCGUGUACCUUUGAAAACUGCAAUGAUCAAACCGGAAAGAAAGGUUUCAAACUAAGAAAACGACAGAUUACCAAUGAGCCAACAGGAGGCCCAGGAAACUGCCCACACCUGGUGGAGGCCAUACCUUGUGACGAGCCUGUUUGCUACAACUGGGAACUGGUCGAUUUGGAUAAGUGUUUACCUGACGAUGGGAAGCUGUGCGGCCCUGGAACUCAGCUGCCACAGGUCCAAUGCAUCAACAACAAUGGCGAGUCGGUGGACAGAAGUCUCUGCUCGUCUUCCACAGCUCCAGAGUCUGUGUCCUGUGAGGUGCCUUGCUCAAGAGACUGUGUUCUCAGUGAGUGGACAUCCUGGUCCACUUGCUCUCAAACGUGCUCCAGUAAAACCAUCGAGGGCAAGCAGAUGAGGACCCGCUCCAUCCUAGCUUACAACGCCGGGGAAGGUGGCGCUCUGUGUCCGAACAGCAGCGCCCUCCAAGAGGUGCGGAACUGUAAUGAACACACCUGUACGGUUUAUCACUGGCAAACGGGGCCCUGGGGCCCUUGCAUGGAAGACCCUUCAACGUCAUCACUUAACACCUCUGCAGGGGCGCGUCCUAGCAGUGAUGGUCAGGGUCCAUGCUCCAUGGGAAUGCAGACUCGCAAGGUGAUCUGUGUUAAGGUCAACGUUGGACAGGUGCCACCCAAGAAGUGUCCAGAUGGCCCUCGCCCAAACUCCAUGCGACCAUGUCAGCUUCUCUGCAAGAAAGACUGCAUCAUCACUCCAUUCAGCGACUGGACAGAGUGUUCGGUUACUUGUGAUGCAGCUGGUAACGCCAUGAAGAAAAAGCAAUCAAGGAAACGUCUUAUCAUCCAGAUGCCUUCCAACGGAGGACAGGAAUGCCCGGAGGUGCUUGAGGAGGAAAGGGACUGUGAGGUCCCCAAAACCUGUCCAGGUUUCAGGUGGAAAACCCACAAGUGGAGAAAGUGCCAAUUAGUCCCAUGGCUUCUCAGAAAAGACUCCCCUGGUGCACAAGAGACCUGUGGACCAGGACUUCAGACCAGAGCUGUGUCCUGUCGCCAGCUGGACGGGACAUUGGCCGACAUCAACGAGUGCCUGAAAUUCACCAAGGCCAUGCCCACCAUCACUCAGCGCUGUCAGCUCCCCUGCCAGGACGACUGCCAGCUGACCAACUGGUCCAAGUUCUCGUCCUGCACAGCUGACUGCGUGGGGGUCCGCACCAGAAAGAGGGCAUUGAUUGGGAGAAGCAAGAAGAAAGACAAGUGCAAGAACACACAGAUGUACCCUCUGAGUGAGACGCAGUACUGCCCCUGCGACAAGUACAAUGCCCAGCCAGUGGGGAAGUGGUCGGACUGCAUCCUGCCUGAGGAUGGCAGAGCGGAGAGCGUCACGGGAAUGAAGGUCAAAGGAGACAUCAAGGAGUGUGGACAGGGCUAUCGCUACCAGGCCAUGGCAUGCUACGACCAGGACAACAGGCUGGUGGAGACCUCACGCUGCAACAGUCAUGGCUACAUCGAGGAGGCGUGCAUCAUCCCCUGCCCAUCAGACUGUAAACUCAGUGAAUGGUCCAACUGGUCGCGUUGCAGCAAGUCCUGUGGAAGUGGGGUGAAAGUUCGCUCUAAAUGGCUUCGAGAAAAACCUUACAACGGAGGCCGGCCAUGCCCAAAACUGGACCACAUCAACCAGGCUCAGGUGUAUGAGGUGGUGCCUUGUCAGAGUGACUGCAACCAGUAUGUGUGGGUUGCUGAGCCCUGGAGUGUGUGGAAAGUCAGCAAUGUGGAUCUGAAGGAGAACUGCGGGGAGGGUGUCCAGACCAGAAAAGUCAGGUGCAUGCUCAAUACUGUAGAUGGUCCAUCUGAGUCUGUGGAGGACUAUCUGUGCGACCCAGAGGAGAUGCCCCUGGGGGCCAGGGAAAGUCGGCUGCCCUGCCCGGAGGACUGCGUGCUCAGCGACUGGGGCGGCUGGAGCCGCUGCAGCCUGCCCUGCACCAGAACUAAAAAUCGAGAGCGGACUGCGUACCCUCUUCGAUCCCCCAGUGUAGGAAGAGAGUGUCCAGAGACAACCGACAAAGAACCCUGCAGUCUGAAUCUCAACUGCUUCAACUACUUCUACAACAUCACAGACUGGAGCACUUGUCAGCUGAGUCCCAACGCUGUGUGUGGGAGUGGCAUCAAGACCCGGAUGCUCGACUGUGUUCGAAGCGACGGCAAAUCUGUUGAUAUAAAAUUCUGCGAGGAGAUGGAUUUGGAGAAGAAGUGGCAGAUGAACGCCUCCUGUGUGGUCGAGUGUCCCGUCAACUGUCAGCUGUCGGAGUGGUCGGCGUGGUCAGAGUGUUCCCAGACGUGUGGACUAGAGGGUAAAAUGCGGCGGCAGCGGCUGGUGGUUCAGGCCUCUCAGGGCGACGGCCGACCGUGUCCAUCUCUGAUGGAACAAUGGAAGCCCUGCCCUGUCCGACCCUGCUACCGCUGGCAGUACGGUCCCUGGUCUGAGUGUCGGGUGGAGAAUGUGGUGUGUGGACACGGCACACGCUACAGGAACCUUUCCUGUUUCGUGUCGGACGGCUCCAGCGAUGGUGAUGGCGGCAUGGUGGACGAGGAGCUCUGCAACAGCCUAGAAAUGGAGGUUAAAGGAGACAAGCAGAUCAGACUGAGAGAGGCCUGCAUCCUUCCAUGUCCAGGUGAAUGCUACCUGAUGGAGUGGUCAGACUGGAGCUCAUGUGUCAGCAUCUGUGUCAAAGGAGCCGGCAUCGACUUCGGCUCGGUUCAGGUCCGCUCACGAGCCGUGUUGGCCCAGGAGCCCGAAAACCUGCUGCUCUGUCCGGACCAGAUGUGGGAGUCUCAGCCUUGCACCGGGGGCGAAUGCUACGAGUACAAGUGGUUUGGCAGUAGUACUCCAAACUCCAGCCGCCCAGAUAUAUGGUGUCAGCGCUCAGAUGGACUCAAUGUCACUGGUGGUUGUCCUGCGACGAAUCCCCCAGUGGACAACAGCUCCUGUGACCCUCCCUGUUUCAUGCCAAAGUCUUUCUGCAGCGAGGCUGGCAUCUGCAUGUGCGAGGAGGGCUUCACAGAGGUGCUGUCAGCAGCUGGGCAGUUGGACCAGUGCGCUCCCAUCCCGAUCCUGGAGAUCCCCACUGCAGGGGACAAGAAGGGGGACGUAAAGACCAGUCGUGCCAUUAAUCCUACGCUGCCCACCACCAUUCAGCCUGGACGAACCGGGCGAACCUGGUACCUGCAGCCUUACGGACCAGAUGGGAAGCUGAAGAUGUGGGUGUAUGGUGUAGCAGCCGGAGCCUUUGUGCUCCUCAUAUUCAUAGUGUCUAUGAUAUACCUAGCUUGCAAAAAGCCAAAGAGACCUCAGAGACAGAGGCAGCAGAACAACCGACUAAAACCUCUGACUCUCGCCUACGACGGGGACACGGACAUGUAGUCCUCCGAGCUGCUUCGCCGAGCACUUCACCUGUGAGAGAACCACUUCAUCAUAGCAUUACAGUGAGGGACAUGGAUGUUUGCAGCGUGAAUGGACACGUCACAGAGCGGAGAAAUUACAGAAAAUCCUCUUAGCAGAGACACUGAUAGGGUUUAACCAUUUCAAGUCCAGCUCUGAUCACUCCUCUUUUUUUUUGUUUUAAUAUAUUUUAUUUUUCCAGAGCCUUCAUGACCUCCAGCGCCUUGUUUUGUUUUUUUGCCCCUGACAUGUCCAGCAUGACCGACCUGAAACACAGGAGAGGCUCAGUGCAGAAGACAAGCCCAGCCCUCCUCCUGUCUGUGAACACGACAGCAAAAAGCUCCAACUCUUCCCCCCACGCUUUUUCAGCUUGUCCCUGAAAAUGCUGAGUAGCUCGAGGCUUUGGAUGCUCUGACGGUUCGUACGUUGCCAAAAGUCACCGCAGGGAAGAGGAGGAGGAGGAGGAGGAGGGAGGGGAAAAUCUCCAUCAAAAGGUUUGGAUUCCUUUUUCUCAAUCCUCAACUGGGUUUUUGACUCAAAUCUCUUUUCCAGUCUUGAACAAAAGGAAGGCAUCUUUUCUCUAUCUUUUUUUUUUUUUUGCCCUGCUUGAUUCAGAGGCACACAGACCUGUGUUUGUGGGAUAAACUGAUCCGUAUGAUGCUGAUGGACGAGAAGCUUGCAAUCAGUCAUUGGUAGAAACUACUGCCUGCCUGUUUGCCUCCACCCUUGCUUUGUUUCAGGCCCUACAUUGCACUAUAUUAGUGCAGCAUGAUAUGCACACGUGACUUCUACCUUCUAUUGCCAUAAAACACUGCCUCGUCCACAAAAACAGAACCAUACAGGAAAAGAACAAGGGAAACGACAUCAACAGGAAAACACAUUUAAAAAGCGUCACACUCGACUAAAAAAGCAGGUGUGACUCUCAAGUAAAUAUAUGUAUAGAUCUUAUUUCUCACAGCUGAGUUUUUUGGUUGUAGUAAAGUACUUUUAUGUGGUUUGUAGACUUCGUCUGGUGUUAUCACGUCAUUUCUGCCCAGAUGCAACUACAGCAUCAGCAGGCGGUUGGUUUCGGUCACCUUCCUGCUCCACAAGUUCAUUUCUUUAUCGUUUACCUGCAACAACACACAUCCUGGAGACAUUAAAGUUUUACAUUAACUAUUAAAAAGCAGAUAAACUUAAGCCAUUCAUGUCAUGCAAAUGUAAUUUCUGCCUUACUUACAACAACUAACAGUCCUGUUUGUAAUACUUGAAUGGGGAAACACACAUUACAGCACACAUAGACUAAAAACAUGAGAAAGAAGUGAGUUUUCUUUUCUUUUGAGGUCAUGCAGGGGAAUUGUAAUCAAUCCAUACAACACUUAUGUAGUUACAGUAUUUUAGAUGCUCAGUCACGCUACAUGGAGAUGGAAAAAAAAAACACACAGUAUAAAUGACCUAUACAAUAUGUUAAUAUGAGAACAUGCUUCUGCUGAGUUCAGUGUAAAAGCAAACUGGUGUGGAGAAUGUUUACUUUUUUUCUUGUGGGAUUUGUAAAUAACAGCAAUUUUUUUUUAUUUUUUUG